AUGGAUCCAAGUCAGAACAAAUACAACCCUCCUGCUGGCUUGCCCCCUAGUUAUCCGGCUCCAGCACAGCAACACUACGACGCUGGCCCAUUCCCGCAGCAGUGGCAGCAACCGCAAGGACAAGGUCAAUGGCAACAAUAUCAAGGUGGUCCGGGUUAUGGUCCUCCGAAUAGCUAUUACGGUCCACCACAAGGUAUGCAAGGCAUGCAAUAUCAGCAACAGCCAGGCAUGCCACCUCAGGGCUAUGUGGACAACAGGAAAGGGCCAGGUGCUGGAGAAGGGUGCUGUGCCGCGCUCUUGGGUGCGCUGGCUUGCUGCUGCUGUUUGGAUCUAUUGUUUUAA